CAACAAUCAGUGCACUAAAGACAAGCACAUAAAAAUGCACAUUAAAUGUCGCCAUAAAGAAACAUCAUUAUCGAAAAGGCCAGAUAACUCAGUGUAUAAAAGCUGGCCGCAUCCCUUUGAAAGGCAGAACUUGCACUUUCGUCAAACUUCAACGAAUCACCUGUUAAAAUGAUUCCAGCUGUAUUGGUCCUGCUUUCCUGUAUGGCCGUUUUGGCCCAGGGAGUAAUCGUUGAUCCUGUGACAGCUGCCAUUGCUCUGAAAGGAGACAUUCGGACACCGUUUGGAUUUGGAAGGUUUACUGGAACUACUGGGCCACUGAGCUUAAUUGGAAGAUCCAGGACUGCAUUCGGAAUUGAUGACUUUGACCUGGGUUUUGGACCAUUCGACGUGAUCGGAAAAAGAUGUAUUGGCGGAGUAUGCUUUCCAGACACCAUAACCGACGAUUGUAUUGGAGGAGACUGCGACAUGCUGACUGGAGACGUAGUCAAGAAAGCAUUAUUUGUGGAUGUUGCCAGGAAACUACAGAAAGCUAAACUGCUCGAACAACUGAACGCGGAGAUCAACCUGGGUACCAACAAAGGUUUGUGGCACACCAUGGAUUCGACCAUAGACAAGGUCUGCGGACCCGGAGGCUGCAUUUUUACUAGAAAGCCUACGCUAAACUUAUUGACUGGUGGCAUUUUCUAAGAACCUCCAUUUACGGUGAUUAAUUGUUAAUAUCUUCCAUGUUCUCUUGAAUAAAGUUGUGGCAUUUA